AUCAUCAUCCUCCUCUUCUUCUUCCUGUCCAAAUGGAUCGACCCAGAUUCGUGAUCGAGGCCGCCGAAGCCGAAUCAUUCGCUCAAAAAUCGGGCCUCACAAUCCACCAACUUCUCCCUACCUUAGUCAAAUCCGCCAAAACUCUUGCCCGCCCGCCCAUUUCUAACUACCACGUGGGGGCGGUCGGACUCGGCUCUUCGGGUCGGAUCUUCUUCGGCGGCAACAUCGAAUUCCCUGGUCUCCCUCUCCAUCACUCUGUCCACGCCGAGCAGUUCCUCGUCACCAACCUCAUCCUCAAUGCGGAGCCCCGCCUCCAAUGCUUCGCCGUCUCCUCCGCCCCCUGCGGUCAUUGCCGCCAAUUCUUGCAGGAAAUCCGGAACUCUUCUGAUAUCAAAAUCUGCGUGACGUCAUCCGAUGAGAACACAAAACAACAACAGGAAGAUCAUGGAUGUAAUUAUUACACGUUGUCGCAUUUUCUGCCUGACAGGUUCGGUCCUGAUGACCUGUUGGAAAAGGAUGUUCCUUUGAUCUUGGAAACUCACCAGAACGGCUUGUCUUUUGUGAGUGAUAACGAUGACGAUGGUGGUUAUGACAAGUGUUGUAACGGUGAGGCGUCGGAGAGUUUAAAGUUUGCAGCUUUAGAGGCUGCGAAUAAGUCUCAUGCGCCCUACAGUAAGUGCCCAUCUGGGGUUGCGAUUAUGGAUUCUGAAGGAAAGGUUUAUAAAGGGUCUUAUAUGGAGUCCGCCGCGUAUAAUCCAAGCUUGGGUCCUGUACAGGCGGCGUUGGUGGCUUACGUGGCGAGUGGAAACGGUGGUGGGUAUGAGAGGAUUGUGGAUGCGGUGUUGGUGGAGAAAGAGGGCGCAGUUGUGAGGCAAGAACACACCGCCAGAUUGCUUUUGCAGGUGAUUUCGCCUAAGUGUCAGUUCAAAGUUUUUCAUUGUAAAAGGGCUUCAUUUUGAUGACUCCCUGUAUUUGUAAUUAAUUUUUAUGGUAAUCCACUCAUGUCCAAUUGAAGCAUGGCUGGAUGAUGGAUUAAUGAAUAAAAUCAUUAUAUCUCUUCUUCUACA